GUCGUCGUCUGAGUGGGCGUCGGGCCUUCUUCUUCUUCCUCCUCUUUCUUCUUCUUCUUCUUCUUCUUCUUCUUCUUCUUCUUCGUCUGAUCUCACCGCUUCCUUACGGGGUUUGGGACUCGAACGGCGAUGGCGUUCCGCGGCCGCAUCCCCCGCGAGCUGACCCUGCCGCAGUACGCCGAGCAGCACCUGACGGACGACCAUGCGGUGAUCGGCUCCGUGGAUCCCCUCUCCGGCCCGGCCGAGCCGUCCGUGGAACCACAGCAUGCGCCGCUCGUCUCCGCCGGAGGGUCCGAUGGAAUCGGCCCUGCGUGGCUCGGCGGCGCGGCUCUCCGGCCGCAGGGCCCGCGCGGCAGCUUCCUCCACCUCCAGACCGCGUCCGACUCCUCGGCGUCGCCGGGGGGACGUGGCGGCGGAGGACAGUGGCUCCCGCGCCUACCAGUGCUGCCGCAGGACGGAGGCGACGACGAGAUCCUGGCGUCGGAGGAUCAGGGGGACGGGGAGACGGAGGAGGGUGAGGGAGCGAUGCAGGGGAGCGGCGACGGGGAGGCAGCGGAGGUGGGGGAGGGUACGUGGCGGAGCGCGAGGUACAAGGCGGAGAUACUGGCUCACCCGUUGUACGAGCAGCUGCUGUCGGCGCACGUUGCGUGCCUGAGGAUCGCCACCCCGGUGGACCAGCUGCCGAGGAUCGACACGCAGCUGGCGCAGACGCAGCACAUAGUGUCCAAGUACUCGGCGCUUGGCGCCCAGAUGCUUGCCGACGACAAGGAGCUCGAUCAGUUCAUGACACAAUAUGUUUUGCUUCUUCGCUCCUUCAAAGAACAACUACAGCAGCAUGUCCGUGUUCAUGCAAUGGAGGCGGUGAUGGCUUGCUGGGAGCUUGAGCAAUCGCUGCAAAGCCUUACAGGUGUUUCUCCUGGUGAAGGAACGGGUGCCACAAUGUCAGAUGAUGAUGAUGAUCAAGCAGACAGUGAAACAAACUUGUUUGACGGAUGCCUGGAUGGAUCAGACGGCAUGGGGUUCGGCCCACUUUUUCUGACGGAGAGUGAGAAGACCUUGAUGGAACGAGUCAGACAAGAGCUGAAGCAUGAACUAAAACAGGGUUACAAAGAGAAAAUUGUAGACAUCAGAGAAGAGAUUCUGCGGAAGCGAAGAGCUGGGAAACUCCCAGGAGAUACCACUUCUACUUUGAAGGCUUGGUGGCAGUCCCAUUCCAAAUGGCCAUACCCAACGGAGGACGAUAAGGCACGGUUAGUGCAAGAAACAGGGCUGCAACUAAAGCAGAUUAAUAAUUGGUUCAUCAACCAAAGGAAAAGGAACUGGCACAGCAAUCCAUCGUCAUCUAGUUCAACAAAAAGCAAGAGAAAAAGUAAUGCAGGUGACAAGGGGCAACUUUGAAGACAUGCUAUGAAUCUGAGCAAUAUGGUGAAGAUCAGAUUCUCAAAGCGUGACAAAAAGUGAUGGUAAACGAUCUUACUAAGACCCUUAAUUUGCUUCAAGGGAAGAUAAUGGGUUAGAGAAUCGCCCUCGUCGAUCUGAACCACAGCACGGAUACUGAUAUCGUUGUGGUAGUAUUAGCAGCAUUCGAGUAUAUACUAUCAUAGCGCUUAUAUUGAAUUGUUCUCUCCUUGUCCCAUGAGCCGUUGACUUUUUACUCCUAAACAUGUCUUAGAUCAAGAAACAAGUGUGGUUGUACAGUCAUAAAGUUACAUCUAGUGUACCUAUAUUGCUGCACUCAAAUAGUUCACAAGUUGCAAGGAAAUCUACAUUGUGAUAGUGCAUAUAUAUUAUCAGGUUUGUCAGUCAGUAA